GAUAUGUUGCUGGCGGAGCGACUUGGGGGCGCCGCGGUGCUAAGACUGCUGCUGACUGCCCAGGUGGUCUCGGCGUUCGAGCCUAUUAGCGUGGGCAUCGCCAUCGGAGCCGCGUCUGCGCUCACUGGCUACCUGUCCUACACAGACUUCUACUGCCGCUUCGCCGAGUGCUGCCGCCCGGAGCAACCGCUCAACGCCUCGGCCCUCAAGCUGGACUUGGAGGAGAAGCUAUUUGGGCAGCAUCUGGCCACAGAGGUGAUUCUCAAGGCACUGACAGGCUUCAGGAACAACAAAAAUCCCAAGAAACCACUGACUCUUUCUUUACAUGGCUGGGCUGGCACAGGCAAGAAUUUUGUCAGCCAAAUUGUGGCUGAAAAUCUUCACUCAAAAGGCCUGAAGAGUAACUUUGUACACCUGUUUGUAUCAACUCUGCAUUUUCCUCACUUGCAGAAGAUAAAACUGUACCAGGACCAGCUGCAGAAGUGGAUUCGGGGUAACGUGAGUGCAUGUGCAAGUUCUGUUUUCAUAUUUGACGAGAUGGAUAAAUUACACCCGGGGGUCAUCGAUGCAAUCAAGCCAUUUCUCGACUACUACGAGCAGGUUGACGGAGUGUCUUACCGGAAGGCCAUCUUCAUCUUUCUCAGCAACGCAGGUGGAGACCUCAUAACUAAAAUGGCGCUUGACUUCUGGAGGGCAGGGAAGAAGAGGGAAGACAUUCAGCUGAAAGAUCUGGAGCCUGUGCUGUCUGUCGGAGUCUUCAAUAACAAGCACAGUGGCCUGUGGCACAGUGGACUGAUUGACAGAAACCUCAUCGACUACUUUAUCCCCUUCCUGCCCCUGGAAUACAGGCACGUGAAAAUGUGUGUGAGGGCAGAAAUGAAGGCCCGCGGUUCUACCAUUGACGAAGACAUUGUCACAAGAGUGGCGGACGAAAUGACGUUUUUCCCAAAAGAUGAGAAAAUCUACUCAGACAAAGGCUGCAAGACUGUGCAGUCACGACUAGAUUUUCACUGAGCUUUUAUCCAAAUGGGCUAAAAGGUGACUGGGAGACACAGCAAGCCAGGGGCCUUGCCUUUGGGAAGUACUUCUGAAUCCCUCUUGAGGGGUUUGCACAUUUGCACCUGUGGACUUUAAGGAUAUGGAAGUUUUGAAGAGACCUGAUCUGUCA